AGAGAGAGAAAGAGGAGGGAGGGAGGAAGUCCUACUUUCCAGGACUUCUCAUGAAGCACGUCAGACGUCUCUUAUGAGAGGAGGCAGAGGAUCUUACCACUCUAGUGUGGAAGGAGACCAGGAGGAGGACAGGAAGCAGUGGAACCCGGGUGUUUAUAUGUGAGUGGGGUGAAAAGAGAGAGAGAGACAUUCGUCUCUGUGGGUCAGCCGAUGAGAGAAGAUGAAGAACCAAAUCACUAACGCCCUCUCAGACUUCUUCUUUGAGUAUGAAACCCCGCGUCAGGUUCUGGUGAGGAACAGGAGAGUGGGAGUGGUGUGCCGCCUCAUCCAGCUGGGGGUCCUGGCUUACAUCAUCGGGUGGGUGUUCAUCUAUGAGAAAGGAUACCAGUCCACGGACACAGCAGUGAGCUCCGUCUUCACCAAAAUGAAAGGAGUGGGGUACACCAAUGAUAAAGGAAGAGAGCGAGUCUGGGAUGUGGCGGACUACGUCUUUCCUCCACAGGGGGACUCAUCUUUCGUGGUGAUGACAAACUACAUCAUAACUGAAGGUCAGAGCAUGUCAAAGUGCCCAGAGCUUCCAGGAAAACACAACUGCAAGACAAACGCAGAAUGUGAAGGAGGGAGUUACAAACGUACGGGACAUGGACAAAUGACGGGAGUUUGCGUGAACACCACAGGGACCUGUGAGGUGCUGGCCUGGUGCCCUGUUGAGGAUGAUCAAACCAUACCAGAUCCUCCUCUGUUGAUGUCUGCAGAGAACUACACACUGUUCAUCAAGAAUUCAGUGACUUUUCCCUUAUUUGGAGUCACAAGGAGUAACCUGGUGGAGGGCAUUGAUGCUGGCUACAUCAGUAAUUGCCUCCAUGAUCCAGAGAAAGCUCCAUUGUGUCCCAUCUUCAAACUGGGAGACAUCGUCAAACUGUCUGGUUUCAACUUUGAAACAAUAGCCAGAGUGGGUGGGGCCAUCGGUAUAGUAGUGGACUGGACGUGUAACUUUGACGUGGAUGUGAGACACUGUAAACCAAAGUACAACUUCCACGGCCUGUAUGGAAACCCCACAGAGACGGACAAGGCCAGAGCUUCAGUGGGAUACAAUUUCAGGUUUGCUAGGCAUUAUUUGGAAGACAAAAUCGAGAAAAGAACCCUUCUCAAAGUGUUUGGGAUCAGGAUCGACAUCAUUGUGCAGUCCCUGGCAAGAAAAUUUGAUAUCAUCCCAACACUGACAGCUAUCGGCUCUGGAGUGGGAAUCUUUGGAGUGGCCACUGUAGUGUGUGACUUGGUGCUGCUCUAUUUGCUCCCCAAAAGAGAAUUUUACAAGAACAUGAAAUUCAAAUACACAGACACGCACAUACAGCCUGACAGCGAGUCGCUUGAUUUAGACACAAGUGUCUAUUACACCAUUGAAGCAAAGGCAAGACAAGCCCAAGGCACUGACAAGUCCAACGAUCCUGAUUCAGAGGCAGGCAGCAUAGAGACUGAGAUGUCUAAAAAAUGACCUGGGAGCAAGCUUAUUCAGUGCUUUUUUGGACGCUGUACCGCACUGGAACCUUGCAAUAAAAGAGCACACAAACACUCAGACUCUAAGUGGACUCUUGACUGGAGCGGACAAAUUCAAAGACAUUGCUCCAUGGGCCCUCUUCUUCUUCUUGACUUCUGGCUGCAUCUUGAAACAUCUUCCCCAUCUAAAGCCACCCUGAGGGACUACAGUGACUCUUACUGUUGUGUGUUGAGCCCUAGUGUAGCUCAAACUGUGUGUGUACUCUUCUGGGUGUAGCUCAGUUUGCUUUUAUUCAGUCUUUGGGUGUAACCCUCCACCUCCUAACCGUCCCAAUAUCUGAGGUGAAAGAAAAAGUUUCAGGCACUUCUGUGUUUGUAUACAUAUCAUCCAUAAAACCUUAAUAAUCCAUGUCACUGUCCUUGUCAAAACAAGAUAAACACAAAUGAUGUGUGGAUGUGCCACUGUCGGAGUGAUUCAUCCCCCAUGUGCACCUUGUGAUCGACUGCUGCAUUCAAUA